AUGACCUAUGAGGCCAGCUUCGAUAUCAUUGACCAACUCACACCACUUUAUCCAAUCCCAUGCGAACCAUAUCCCUACUUUGCUACCAACACCACUCACUCUGGUUUGUCUUGGAAAGGAGCAGCAUGGGCAAAAUACUACGAGAUCUGGGCUGUGGGAGAAGAAGGUGGAACUUUUGUUCGCGUGGCCACUCAUGUGCACGAUAACACAAACGCUGGGGAAAUGUUUGUAGCACUCAAUCCAAGCGCAGGAUGCGUCGAAGUUCCCGAACUUCCCACUGUACCAACACGUAGUCAAGCCGGUUGGGUGGACCAAAAGUGGUCCAACGCAGGACAAAAAGUUAGUAGUAAACCAAGGAAAAUGAAAAGAUCAAAGUCAAAGAAACGAAGUCUGGACGAGCCACCUGCAGUCCUAGCCACGGUCGAAAGGGUGCAAGUCAAUCAUCCCAUACCUCAAGGACCAGGUUGGUAUAUCGUGAGAGGAGUGAGUGUGGAUGGGUAUCCGGGAGCCUUUUCAAAACCCACAUAUAUCUCUAUCAUCGAUUAA